UCCAACGGAAUCCUCGUGUACUCUAUCGUUUCACGCGUGGAAAAUCCAGAGAAUGUACGAACGCUCGAUUGGCAUUUCGAGCAUCGCGUUCGAUUAUUCCACUUUGUUUGGAAGCUUUAAAUGUUGCACCGAGGAUCGUUGGUUGGGGGACUGGUGUCCUCACGGUCGCCUUUCUCUAAUUGCCAGGGGGUACGAUUUGUUUUAUGAGAGGGAAAUUUGGAGAAUGCUGGAGUACUGCAUUAGCAUCAUCGCACAGCCGAAUAUCGGAAGAACGGUAGGGGACAGAAUGGUCACGAAGAAAUUGUUAACAACUUCGAAAAACGCUAGGAAGACGACAGAACUUCUGAAGCAAACGAAUUUGUCAAACAACAUCUAAAAUGCUAAAGACGUGGGCGCGGUUGAUUGACUACAUUAAAAUCACAAAAAUGAAAAAAGGUAUCAUUUCUAUAAUAAAUGAUGUACUACGUAUUUAAAAAAACAAAUUUAUUCUCGGAUGACCAAAAUCGUUCGAAAGACCGAAAGAAUGUUACCUCUGGUUACUUUCGUAUG